AUGUCGUUCCGAUCGCUGUUGGAAGCGGCGAUGGGGGACGCGCAAGAGCUCCCACAGGACGAAGUGGGACGAAUUGAUGCACGAAUGAACAUGAUGGACGAUGUAUUUGAACGUUCCGAUGGUCCUGCUGAAGAGAGUGACGAUGCAUACGUUCCUCAUUCCAGUGGAGAAGGAGGGGGGAGAGGAGGAGAAGGAGGAGAAGAAGGAGGAGAAGGAGGAGAAGGAGGAGAGGAAGAAGUUGAUUCGGACAUUGAACGGCAAUUGUGGGGAAAAUCUCGUAAGCGCCGAAGACGAGGACAAGGGCGACAACGACGACGUGGUGGCCACAUUGGUAAACGAAGUGUUACAGCCACUAAAAUGCCACUGGAGCUGGCUAAUGUACUAGGUGAAGCUAAUAUGCUCUACGCAUCCCAUCAGUAUGAUGAGGCUAUUAUGCUGCUAAAGGAUUUUAUCAAGAAAGCACCGACAAUUCCAGACCCAUAUCAUACGCUGGGUAUGAUUUAUGAAGACCGACAGGAUCGUACGAAGGCUCUGCAGUUCUUUUUGAUUGCUUGCACACUGACGCCACAGGAUGCUGAGCUUUGGAAGCGGGUGGGGCGCAUUGCAAAGGACGAGAAGAACUUUGAUCAGGCACUGUUUUGUUUCAAGAAAGCUAGCAGCGCUGACUCGAAAGAUAAAGAGGCACUAUUUAGUUAUGCGGAAUUGUGUCGUGAACAAGGCGAUAAUCGACGAGCAGCUGAGGUUUUUAAGAAACUGACUGUGCUUAUACCGAAUGACCUGUCACUGUGGAUUCAAAUCGCGGAGGCGUACCAUUGCAACGACCAAGAAGAUGAAGCAGUUGACGCGCUCAAAAUGUGUAUCGAAAAGGCUGCAACGCUGGACCCUACGCGGAAUUUGCACUCUUCGAAGUACGAGCUCAAUGCUGUGAAUAUGCUUGCAGACUUAUACAUUACACUCAAAAAGUAUCGCGAAGCCAUUGGCGUGAUUCACCACCUCCACGCUCGAUAUGCCUCAGCUCAGGACGCUGACCAGGUUGAGGGCGACCCGGGUGGCUUGCCACUGGACAUUGCUGUGAAGUACGGUAUCUGUCACCUUUUCGAGCGAGACUUUGCCACGGCUGAGUCCAUGUUCACGCAUUUAUACGCCCAGGAUGUGGAAGUGUUUGGUGACUUGUAUCUUGACGUGGCUGACGCUUACAUUGCGCUUGGAGAUCAGGACCGCGAGGCUGCAGCAAUUCUUCAGCAGCUACUAGGCCGAGAAGAAUUUCCCAUAGAGCAGAUCUGGAUUAAGUUUGCCGCCUGCCAUGACCGUCUGGGUAUCUACGAGACUGCUGUGGAGUAUUACGAAAAAGCUUUGGCGCACCAACGCACAUCGCCAGACUUGUCUGUAUGUCCAGAGCUAAUGUUGCAGGCAAUGCAAGCCACGCGGAAGAAAAAUUGCCCGUUAGAUGGGAUCAAAUUAUUGGAAACAUAUUUGCCAGAGACAAUGCAACCUCCCAUUCGACCUUAUUGGAUCAACACUUUACGAAAACGUAAGGACCAAGAUGCAGCUUCUGCACAAGGAGACGACAAUGGAAAAUACUUGAAGAAUGAUGGUGAUAGUGACGCUGAUGAAGUGGAAGCGGACGAUGAUGAAGACGAUGCUGACGACCAAAGUAGAAUGGAAAUGGCCCAUGAUCCAUCGUUGUCAGUAGAUGCUAUGGAAAAUGGCAUUCGCCUGAAGCUGCUGAUUGAGUUGGGCCACCUAAAAAAGCUAUCGGGUGAGGCCGAAGUGCUUUGCCAAGUCGGUAUUCCCAUAAUCCUCACAUCUCUCAGCCAAACAUCAUUUCGCUUAUCUGGUCGUGUAAAAAACCCACUGGUAGAACCUCACGAUGUAAUUUCGGAGAGCGAUGCGCAGUCCAUGGGUUUCCAGGUGUUGAAAUCUGAGUAUCUUGUGGACAUCACGGACUCGCGACAGCGUGAAUCAUUCAUGGGGAUUGUCAUGCGCGUGGCACAGCAAAUUGUGAUUUCUCGUGCUCUUGGCGAGCAGCAAUACUACAACUUGGUGAUCGACAUUGCGCAAACGCUCACCGAGCUAGGCAAGUAUGUGGCAGCGAUCGAGCUGCUGACGGACGUGAAUACAUCUGACAAAAUUUCCAAGCCUACUCUGCGCUUCGAGCUGCGCUUCUUAGCGCUUGUGGUUGCUCUUGAGUUUAAGGAAAACCGCAUGGCGUACGAGUGUGCACGGUUGAACAUUAUGGAGGACCCGCAUAACCUGGGCUACUGGAAUUUGUUUUCGCGCGUGAUCGCUAUCACAGGUGUAUUUUCGUGGCACCAGAAAUUUCUGGCAAAGUUGUUGCGUGAUGCCCCUGAGAGCUACCCAGCCAUUUUGCUUGCUGGCCACCAGUCAUCAGCUUGGGAUAUCGCAUCACUGACGGUGGGUGAGCUGACACUUGCUCACCAAAAGCACCCGAACGAUCCUCUCACUAUUUUCUGCAUCGGACUAGCCUUCCUAUCUGCGUCUAUGCAGCGAACUAUCAACGACAGGCAGCACACUGUGGCAAAGGCUUUUGCGUUCUUGCAACAGUAUGAACGCGUCCGUAUCACCGCCCCGAGUGACAUUUCGCCGAAUAUUCGUCAAGUUGAGGCCUGGUACAACAUUGGCCGCGCUCACCAGCAACUGGGGUUGUUUCACCUAGCUAUCGCAAUGUAUGAGCGAGUGCUACGAUUUUUUGAGACGUGCAAGAAGCAGAAGCACGACGUGCCCCCACAAUAUUUGCUCUGUAGAGAAACAGCUUACAAUCUGUCGCUCAUUUACAAGCAAAGUGGAGCCAACGACCUGGCGAGGUACCUCAUUGCAAAAUAUUUAACAAUUGGUUGA